AUGCGGUCGCCGGCUGCGGUGGAAGCAGAUCCCGCCGACGAGUCCGCUCCUCCGCCACUCCGCUUGACAUCCUCCCCCGUCUCCUCCGCCUCCCCCGCCUGUUCCGCCUUCCCCGCUUCCCCCAAGCUGCUCGUUUUGCCGGAUUCCGCCUUCUUCCCUUCCCCGCGCAUCCCCGAAGCGCGUUUUACCUCUCCCCGGACAAGUGCUCCCCCGCCUUUCGAGCCGCCUCAAAACACCGCUCCGCGGCCUGCGGCCUUUCGUUUCGUGGCCUCUCCGCGGGCGUGUGGCACUGCGUUGGAAGCGCCGCAAAAAUGUGGCACCGCGCCAACCACUCCCUCGUGUCCGCCUCUCGUUGAGCCGCGACUGCCCCGAGCGCGCACGUGUGACGUUGCCGCGGAUAGCGGCGGAAGAGCGCCCGCCGUCUCCGCGGGCGCGUCCGCCAUCCGCGGAACAUUAUCCGCCUCGGGUUACUCCCCCGCCGUCGUUUCCCCCGCAUCCGCCUGCGCAACGACUGGCGCCGUUGACCAAGUCAACGGCCACGUGUCAACAUUCGAUUGGGCAGAAGCGUCCGACGUGGACACGUUGGACAUUCCGCCGUGGGUGCGAGAAAGGCUCUCCCUUUCCCGCGCGGAAAAGGCGCAGAAUAAUGAGUCGGCCGCGCACACACGAGUUAGUCGCAUAGACCGCGAAACGAUGGCGGACGGCAACAAGCGAGCGGGACGCGUCGAGUGCGGAGGCGAGUGCGGCAAGGAGUGCGGCGGCGAGUGCGCGGAGAAUCGAAACUGCGAGAGGGACGCGGAGGGCGAGAAGCCGAGCCUGUGGGACAUCAUGCAGUGGGAAUCCGAUAUGAUCUCGUCCGUCUGCUCGACUGCCGCUGCUAAAUCUCCCAGACCACCGUUCUCUAAGAGCUCAACAUUUGAGGCGCCGCAGAAGUCGCUCUCUAAACGGCACCGCUCCGCGUCUGCUCUCCCCACCACUCCGCCUCCCACCCCGUCCGCGUCUAAAGCGUCGCUGACGGUCCAGAUCUGCGACGACGCGAGCGCCAACGGCGGAGAUUUAUCGUUUUUCGAGGAGCUGCUGCUGGAGUUCGGUGCGGGCGAGGGGGAAGAAGCGGGCGGAGAGAUGGAGGACGAACCGGGAUGGGCGGAAAAAAAUCGCAUUCCGGCGGAAGAAACAGCUCACUUCGAGAAGGUUGCGCCUGUUGUGCCGCAGCUAGACGACAGCUGGGGUGAUUAUUCGGUGAAAAUGCUUGCCUCACUCUUGCUUCAUUCUCCCUGCCUCUUGCCUCACACAAUGCCUCGCUCCUUGUGUCGCAUCACCUUCAACCACCAAUACUUGCCCCUCUCCCAUCACUCCUCCCUUCCCCCUCUCCCAUCACGCCUCCCUUCCCCCUCUCCCAUCACGCCUCCCUUCCCCCUCUCCCAUCACUCCUCCCUUCCCCCUCUCCCAUCACGCCUCCCUUGCCCCUCUCCCAUCACGCCUCCCUUCCCCCUCUCCCAUCACUCCUCCCUUGCCCCUCUCCCAUCACGCCUCCCUUCCCCCUCUCCCAUCACGCCUCCCUUGCCCCUCUCCCGUCACUCCUCCCUUGCCCCUCUCCCGUCACUCCUCCCUUGCCCCUCCUCCCCAGACCAGCCUCACACCACACCACACCCUUGUCCUGAGUGCUCUUACGGUACUCUCUUGUGCCUUCCCUGGCACAACCAUUCUUUCAUUCCCCUUCAGGGAAAGGGCUUCAAUGUGGCUUGA